CAGAAGGGACGGGGAGCCGCCGCUCAUUAAAGGCUGGAUCCCCUUCAUUGGGAAGGCUCUGGAGUUUGGACAAGAUGCCUACAAGUUUCUGGAAACACAGAAGAAGAAGUUCGGAGACGUUUUCACGGUUCACUUAGCAGGUAAAUACAUGACCUUCAUCAUGGACCCGUUACUGUACCCCAGCAUCAUCAAACAUGGCCGCCAGCUGGACUUCCACGAGUUCGCCGCCAAGGUGGCGCCCGUCACCUUCGGCUACCCGGUCGUGGUCCCGGCCCUGCAGGACCAGAUCUACCGCACCUUCAAACUGCUCCAGGGGGACAACCUGGCGGCGCUGACAGAGAGCAUGAUGGGUAACCUCAUGCUGGUGUUGCGCCAGGAUCACCUGGGCGAGCGGGGCGCGUGGCGCCGCGCCGCCCUGUACGACUUCUGCAACGCGGUGAUGUUCGAGGCCACGUUCCUCACCAUGUACGGCCGGCCGCCGGCUCGUCGCCAUGGCGACAUGGCCGCCCUGCGGGACGACUUCGUCCGCUUCGACAACAUGUUCCCGCUGCUCAUCGCCGGCGUCCCCGUCCGGCUGCUGGGCCGCACCAAGGCCGUCCGCGACAAGCUGAUCGGCUACUUCCUGCCGCACAGGAUGUCCUGCUGGUCCGGCACGUCGGAGUUCAUCAGGACGCGGGCGGAGCUGUUCGAGCAGCACGGAGCGCUGAGGGACGUCGAUAAAGCAGCGCACCACUUCGCCAUCCUGUGGGCGUCGGUGGGGAACACCGUCCCCGCCUCCUUCUGGGCCGUGUACCACCUGGCGAGCCACCGGGGGGCGCUGCAGCGCGUCCGCCAGGAGGUCCUCGCCGUGCUAGGGCUCCACGCAGACCAGUUCAACGGAGACGUGGACCUGGUCCUGGACCGGGGGCAGCUGGAGAAACUGGUCUAUCUCGAGAGCGCCAUCAACGAGAGUCUCCGCCUGUCCUCGGCCUCCAUGAACAUCCGCGUUGCUCAGGAGGACUUCAGCCUGUCGCUGGGCGCCGAGCGCUCCGUGGGCAUCAGGAAGGGGGACUUCAUCGCCCUGUACCCCCAGAGCAUGCACAUGGACCCCGACAUCUACGACCAGCCGCAGUCGUUCCGAGCGGACCGCUACGUCCAGGACGGCCGGCUGAAGACGGACUUCUACAAAGCCGGACAGAAGCUUAAGCAUUACCUGAUGCCGUUCGGCUCCGGUUCCACCAUGUGUCCCGGGCGCUACUUCGCCAUGAACGAGAUCAAACAGUUUGUGUGUCUGCUGCUGCUCUACUUCGACCUGCAGCUGGAAGAGGACCAGAGCCGCGCCACGCUGGACCAGAGCCGCGCCGGGCUGGGCAUCAUGCUGCCCGCCGCCGACGUCCGCUUCCGCUACAAAGCCAUCUGACCGCUAACGGUCUCCCGCUCCCGCUAACGGUCCGCCCGCUAACGGUCCUGCCGCUAACCGUCUGUCACCAUGUCACCAUGUCAUGUUAUAUCACCAUGUCACCAUGUCAUGUUAUAUCACCAUGUCACCAUGUCACGUCACCAUGUCACCAUGACAUGUCACCGUGUCACCAUGUCAUGUCACCAUGUCAUGUCACCAUGACACCAUGUCAUGUCACCAUGUAAUGUCAUGUCACCAUGUCAUGUCCCCAUGUCAUGUCACCAUGUCUCCAUGUCAUGUCACCAUGUCCCCAUGUCAUGUCAUGUCCCCAUGUCACCAUGUCAUGUCACCAUGUCAUGCCCCUACCUGUAUAUUGAGCCAUUCUCUCAUAGGAACAUCAGAUUAUACCGAGGUGAAAAUAAGAAACUGAGCACUGAUAUCAGCGUAUA